AUGCCUGAAGAAUGGAUAAUACCUAAUGGUAUUGAAGAACCACAAAUACAAAAUAUUAGAAUAAGAGAAAUAAUAAGAGAAGGACCUGAUAUUAGAAUUAGGAUGAAUAGAUCCCAAUCAUUAAGAAUUCCUGAUAAUGUUGAAACUAUUAGCCAUAAAAAUUCUAUAGAUAAUUCAUCAAUAGGAAAUAUCGAUGAUAUUGUAGGAAUUGACAACAGAAGGUCACAUAUAGCCACUGCUGUAUAUAAAUCACCUUCAGAAUUUGAUCCAAGAGAAUCACAAGUUUUAUCAGUAAUUAUAAAGGAAGAACCAUUUGAGAUUGAUAAAGAGUGGAUAAGACAAGAUUUUAAUGCUGAUUAUAAUAAACCACUAAGAGAUUGGUAUUUUACCAACCAUUCAGAAAAUGAGGUUAUUAGACUAAGAGAACUAUUCUAUGAUUUCAUGAAAGAAAAUAGAAUUAGCUUAUAUUUCUUUGACUGUCUUGAUGAUAUAAUACGGGCGGUAACCCCAUCAACCACAAGAUAUGGUUCUGUAAAUCGUGCCUUCAUUGUGUCUAAAAAUGAUCUUUUUGCCACUCUAGAUUUUCAACAAUUCAUGAUCGAGAACAAUCCCCCAAAUCGCACGGUUGAGAUUGCAGGAUCUGAUCACAUGGUCAUGAUGUCCAAGCCCACAAACCUUGCCCUUCAACUGCAAUCCAUUGCUGAUUAUUAUGAUUAA